AUGUUAACCUACGAGCGAAUUUGUUGGAUUGCAGAAGAUGGUAAAUCAUCCGGAAAGCUGAUUGUCGAUGAUGGCGAGAGCAUAAUGGACUUCGACGCUAACGAAUAUUAUGAAUUGGAUAUCGACUUCUCAAUGAAUGCUAUGCACUCGAAGCUUGAACUCAGCCUUGUCCGGAAGAAGGCUAGUUUCUUACGUGUGGUUUGA